AUGCUCUCGAAAACCUACGUUGCUGCUCUCGCGGGCAUUCUGCUAUCACCUGUCUCGGGUGGACCGGUGAAUGGAAACGACCACUCGCCGGCCAGCAAGAGGAGUCCCCUCGGUGUCAGCCUGCCUCCCCUGAUCCCUUCGAUUCCAGGCGUGACAGAGCCUCUGGCCUCUAAUGCCCCUCCCCUCCCCAUUCUACAAGUGCCCACACCUCCGCUUGAUAGUCCUCCGUUUACGGGAGCCAACAUCAAGCCGAAGAAGAUUGGGUACUUCUGGACUGGGGCUGGUGAUAACAUCCACAAGGAUUUCCUCGUGACGGCGAGUUUGGAUGAUGAUACCUUUGGGCAGAUCAUCGCCCUCACGGACGUUCCUACCAGCGGUAACUCGCCUCAUCACCUGGGAAGCUCACUCGACGGCAAGACUCUCAUCGGAGGCGGUCUCCUCUCACUUCUCAAGACGCAAGACACCGCCUUCUACUUCGACGUCUCGAACCCCUACGCUCCCAAAUUCAAGAAGUCCAACCGCGCCCUCUUGAGUUCCAUCGUCGACGAGAUCAGAGCGAAGCCAGAAGGUGGUUUCUUCAUCACCUACAUGGGAAGCGCCGUGGGAACUGCCCCUGGCCGCCUCGUCGAGACCAAUGCCGAGGGCGACAUCAUCCACGAAUGGCCGGAGGAUGUCGCUGGCACGCUCAACAUUCUCGGAGAGCAGUUCAGCCCGCACGGUCUGGCGGUUGACUUUGACCGGGGUGUCAUCCUGACCUCGGACUUUGUUGUUCCUAUCACCAUCCUCAAGCCAACGUUGGGCAUCAAGAAGGCGAAUACGUUGAGGCUCUGGAACUUGUCUGACCGGACAAUCAUCUCGACCAUAACCAUUCCCGAUGGCUUGGGUAUCCAGGACGUCAAGUUCAUCCCGAAGCAUCCCGAGGGCGCCGCCAUCGCGACUGCUGUCGGCCCGGGCCAAGUCUGGAUCAUCUAUCCCUUCCGCCGCGACUCAUCCGGCAAGCAGGGCGUCGCCGAGCUGCUUUACGACCUCGGACCGAAGGCCAAGGACUCGCUGGCCAUUUACUCGGACAUUUCUGACGACGGAAAGUUCGCGUACUUUACCAUCACGCUCGGAAACCACGUUGCGGCGCUCGACAUCUCGGACCUGAACAACGUCAAGAGGCUCGACGACCCCAACGAGACGCAGCCUAUCGUGGGACCGCACUACGUGAAGAUCAGCCCCGACAAGAAGAACCUGCUUGUGACUGGAUACUUCGUCCAGGGCGGCGACAUCUCGAUCGUGAACACGCCUGGUGACUACAAGGGUCACUGGAUCGACAUCCUCCCUGGCGGAGGCCUGAGCUUCAACAGGACCAUCGACUUCGAGAGCAUCUUCACCCGGGACCGCGGUGGUGCUCGGCCUCACUCUUCGGUCAUUUUCGACCUGACCGAUCCCGAGAACCCUAAGUACUACUGA